AUGCCGGAGUUCAAGCAGAAGCUCGGUGCCGAAUUCCCCAACUUCGACUGCAAGACCACAAAGGGUGACUUCAAAUUCCACGAGUUCCUUGACAGUGAUCCGAAGAAGCCGUACACGAUCUUGUUCUCGCAUCCCAAGGACUUCACGCCAGUCUGCACCACCGAACUGGGAAAGUUGGAGAAGAACAAGGACGAAUUCACCAAGCGCGGAGUGAAGCUCAUCGGCAUUUCCUGCGACAGUGUCCCGGACCACCACGCUUGGAGUAAGGACGUGCUCGCCUAUCAGAACAUGCCAGGAGAUGAUCUGUCUUAUCCCAUCAUCGCGGAUCCCGAUAGAGAGAUCGUGAGUAUGCUUGGAAUGUUGGAUCCCAACGAGAAAGAUGCUGCUGGGGUUCCUCUACCUGCUCGUGCCCUUUUCGUCAUUGGGCCUGAUCACAAGCUGAAGCUUUCUAUCGUCUAUCCCGCUACUACUGGGCGAAACUAUGAUGAGCUCAUUCGCACCCUCGACAGUCUACAUCUCACAGCAGACUUCAGUCUCGCCACUCCGGUUGACUGGAAGCAAGGCGAACGUGUUAUCGUCGCUCCGAACGUCGCUACGGAGGAGGCUCAGAAGCGUUUUAAGAAUCUCGAGAUCAAGGACUUGCCCAGUGGAAAGCCUUAUCUGCGCUAUGUUGAUGCUCCUGAGUGA